AUGGAAAGGGCCUUUGCAUUGGAGCAGGAACACGUACAAGCAUACAAUGAACUGCUACGAACUUUAGACACGUUGUAUCUUUUGAACAAUGACUUGGGUACAGUUACUCCUGAAAUGAAGAAGACCCUCGAAAUAAGAAGACAACUGCAAGUAAAUUUAGAGAAGAGUGCCUCAAUACUCAGAACUAUAGAGAGAGUGGCAGCGAGAGUGGAUGAAGAUGGAAACGAAAUUCCACAGAGGGUAUCGACAGAGGACAUCCUUGCCGACCGACUGGUCAAAGUUAUGCAGGAGAACUACGAAAUUGAUUAUAAGGUCAAGGAAUCUCUCGCUCUAGAGCAGCAAUUGGCAACCGAACUUCGCGAAGAGAAAGUUAAAUACUUGAAUUCAGUUCAGCAAUACAGGCAAGUGUGUGCCCAUGUAAAGCAUCAAUCUGGACCAAAAAGCGACAACGCAUCCCUUAGUGCAAAUUCCACUGAUGAAUCUCAUCAAUCUCGUCAGGGCGACCAGGUUGAUAAAGCUGGUCAAGUUGAUGAGGUUGAUGAGGUUGAUGAGCAAAUCAUCAUAAAUCAAAAUGAAACACUUCGGCAACUGCUAUUAGCGCUAAAGAUACACGCUGGUUACGAUCCCUUCAUAUGA